AUGCAAUAUUCGGUUGGAGAACAUACCUCAACAAACCGGAACUGGCUGGAUGUAAGUUUGAUGAUCGGCGACCAACUUAAUCGGGAGCCGAGGAAGCGAUUCGAUUGCUCGCAACCACUACAUGUGCCCAACUUGCGAAACAAACUUGUGCCAGAGUGGGGUCUUGGGACUACGUGGGCCUUCAUUUUGGAUGCGCAUAGUCCACAGAUCAACUAUCUAUUAGAUAAUAGAGGCAUAGACUAUGACAAAAAAGCGUCGGUAGCUAUACGCCGCGAUUUACUUCUAGCUGAGAUCUGUUACAAAGGAGAUCCCAGAUACUUAACGGCCGAGGGUGGUGCCGUAGCUUUCCAAAUGGAAUACAAUGCGAUGGAACAGGAGGACGAGUGA